GCUGGAUGUUCCCGAGAGAACAAGUGUUACUUUCGUCCACAAACAACAGGAUUAUUCUCUGUAUGAGUGUGAUGGCUAUCGGGAGGCGCAUUGGCCUGUGGCCAUUAUGAUGGCCCUGUUCGGUUUACUUUGGCUAAUGCGGAUCCGGGCGGAAGUGCGAAAAGACAAACGGAAACGCUCAAAACAUCCGGUAUUGGACGACCAGCUUCUUUUACCUCCCCCCAUUUCCUUCGCCGAUCCGAAACAUUCCGUCGAACAACAGGAAGAUGUUCUGGAUGAUGUGAUUCCUCCGCCACCUCCGCCACCUUUAAGGCAAAACGUGCAAAUCCAUCGCUCUUCCUCGUCAAUUGGGGAUGGUCUUAACUAUCCGUCUCAAAGACGCUUCCAACAAGCUCAAUCCUUUUCUCGCUCCGCUCAAAAUUUACGGAUUAACACUUUAGAGUGCACUUGCCCAACGGGCCCACCCAUCCGCCGGCCGGCAGUCCGCUUUUGCGACGAUCCUUUUGGUUUCUAUUCCGCGCGAACAGCCCAAAGUUGGAAUUAUUCUACUCUCCCUCGCACUCGGCCCACAUUUCGAUCCUCCCACGAUAUCCAAGAAUUUUACGAGCUGACGCUGCUGGACGAAACAAAAACUGUCCAGCAAAAGACAGCCGAGACGCUCCAAAUGGCCAGUAAAUGGGAAACGACUAAUCAACAGACUGCACCGGCGGUCAUCAUUCCUACGCGAUAUGGCGACAUCCAACAGCAGUCCUGCGUCACGGCCCUAUUCCCGAUGGAGAGCCCACGUCAUCAAGCGACGAGAGGACGCCAGGAGAACGAUCCUAUGAUGUCGGUUGACAUGAUCGACGGUGUCAACGAGCCGAUUAUUUCCGCGACAGAUAGGAUCGUGAUCCAGCAACAGUCCAACCACCAAAAGAUCCAGUCCCACCUGUCGCCCGGUUUGGUAGUGGACAAGCACGCAAACGGAGGCGACGAAUCGGCUUGGGAGUACGAGGAAAUCAUCCUGGAAAGAGGCAGCUCUGGUUUGGGUUUCAGCAUCUCUGGCGGCACCGAUAACCCUCACAUCGGCGAUGAUCCGGCCAUCUGCUUGACGAAGAUCAUCCCGGGCGGUGCGGCGGCCAUUGACGGCCGAAUGAAGAUCAAUGACGUCAUUCUGAAAGUGAACGAUGUCUCGGUUGUGAACGUUCCCCAUUCGGCCGCCGUCGAGGCGCUCAAAAGGGCCGGUAACCUCGUCCGUUUGAGCGUGCGACGACGCCGACAGCCCCGUUCGCCCCGCAUCGUCGAAAUUGAAUUGUGCAAAGGCAACAAAGGUCUGGGUUUCAGCAUCGCGGGCGGCUCUGGUAAUCAGCAUAUUCCCGGCGACAACGGCAUCUACAUCACUAAAAUUAUGGACGGCGGGGCGGCCCAAGUUGACGGUCGGCUCGCCGUCGGUGAUAAACUGGUCCUGGUCCGGAAUUUGCCGUUGAUGACGGAGAAAAAUUUGGAGAACGUGCCUCACGAGGAGGCCGUCUCUGCGCUAAAGUGCACGUCCGACCGCGUCGUAUUGGUCGUAGCCAAGACGGACGCGCCUCUAGCGCCGAUGCUUGGCGGACAGCCCCCUUCACUUCAACAGCAGCAGACGCCUCUCCUCUCGCAGUCGGCCGUCAAUCUAACGACCCACCACUCGCAUCAACCUCCGUCUCCUAAUCCGGGACUAGCUCCUAUUGACGUCAGUGGUGCCUAUGAUCCGAUUGAAAUACCUGGUGCACUUCAAGUCUCUACUCCUCGGGCUGUUAGCGAAGAAGACAUCGCUAGGACUCCUAGAUCAGUGGUGCUAUCGAAGGGAACGACCGGUUUGGGAUUUAACAUCGUUGGUGGAGAGGAUGGCGAAGGCAUUUUCAUCUCUUUCAUCCUGGCCGGCGGUCCAGCUGACGUGAGCGGGCAACUCCGACGUGGAGAUCAAAUCCUUUCGGUCAACGGACACGACCUUAAACAUGCCACGCACGAACAGGCGGCUUUAACUCUCAAGGGAGCGGGCAACACUGUCACGCUGUGCGUUCAGUACCGACCUGAGGAGUACAACCGCUUCGAAGCCAAAGUCCACGAACUCAAGCAGCAGAUGAUGACCGGCACCCUCAUGAGGACCUCACAGAAACGAUCCCUCUACGUCAGGGCCCUCUUUGACUACGAUCCCAACAAGGAUGAUGGACUGCCCAGUCGGGGCUUGUUUUUCCGUUAUGGUGAUAUCCUGCACGUCACCAACGCCUCGGAUGAUGAGUGGUGGCAGGCCAGACGCGUCUUGGCCAAUGGCGAAGAAGAAGGCAUCGGCAUAAUUCCUUCAAAGAAACGGUGGGAACGGAAGCUGAGAGCUCGCGAUCGCACCGUCAAGUUCCAGGGCAAGAGUCCAACUCAAGAUCGGCAAUCAACUCUGGAGAGGAAGAAGAAGAAUUUCAUCUUCAGCCGAAAGUUUCCGUUCGUCAAGAGCCGGGAGGAUCAGUCGGAGGAAGGCUCCGACCAAGAGCCAGCGUCGGCCAUGACACCCUCCGAAAGUGAUUCUACCAGCCUUAAGGAGGAAGCCGUUUUCUCCUAUGAAUCGGUCCAGCAGAUCGAGAUGACUUACACAAGGCCAAUCAUCAUUCUGGGUCCGCUCAAGGACCGUAUCAACGACGACCUUAUCUCCGAGUUUCCGGAGAAGUUUGGAAGCUGCGUCCCUCAUACGACCCGGCCGAAACGGGACUACGAGGUUGACCAGCGGGACUAUCAUUUUGUGGCCUCCAGGGAGCAGAUGGAAGCCGAUAUCCAGAACCAUCUCUUUAUCGAGGCCGGGCAGUAUAAUGAGAACCUUUACGGCACUUCUGUUGCCUCCGUACGAGAAGUAGCAGAAAAGCAGGGAAAGCAUUGCAUCCUGGAUGUCAGCGGUAACGCCAUCAAGCGGCUCCAAGUGGCCCAACUGUAUCCUAUUGCCAUUUUCAUCAAACCUAAAUCAGUAGAGGCCAUCAUGGAAUGGAACAAACGGAUGACGGAAGACCAAGCCAGGAAAACUUACGACCGAGCCAUGAAACUAGAACAAGAAUUUGGCGAGUAUUUUACCGCCGUCGUUCAGGGCGACACACCAGAGGAGAUCUACGCCAAAGUCAAGGAAGUGAUUCGAGAGCAAUCCGGGCCAACGGUUUGGGUCCCAGCCAAAGAUAAACUUUGAAUUGCCAUCGUGUUUAU